AAUUGCAUAUGAAAAUGCAAAUGCAUUUAUAAAUCUUCUUCAUAUGUGUAAAAAAUCAAAAAUUAGUUAUGCAAUGGCUGAUUAUUUAAUGCAUGAAACUAACAAUCAAUCAGAAAAUGAAGAAGUAUUUCAAACUUUAACCAUCGAUCAAAUUGCAGAAGAAUUAAACAGAGUUUCACAAUUAGAGGAUAUUCUUGAUAAGCAUUUUGUAAAUACUGAUAUUUCAGAAGAUUUGAAUAGCAAAUUAGAUCAAGAAUUUGAACCAGAAGAUUUAUUAGAAAUUAAUAUAUCUGGAGUUGAAAGUUUUAUAAACAAAUCAGAAAUUAAUUACAUAAUCAGCAAUUCACGAUUAAAUAUUUUACAAGAAUUAAAUUAUAAACAUGAAGAAAAGAUAUUUAGGAAUAAUGGAAGUUGUGAUAUCUCUUUAAUAUUAGAAUUGCAAAAAUCUUAUGAAGCAUUUUCUUUUACUGAUAUAGGCUGCGCUAAUAUUUCCGAAACUUAUCCAUUAGAAAAGAAUAGUUACUUGCUUGUAUGGACUAAUGGAAUGUUAUGUAUAGUGAAGGUUCUUGCAAUGUAUCAAUUGAUAGGUGAAAAACAUAGUUUUGUUUCAAAAAGUAUUGACAAUCUUGAUUCGUUAUCUUAUAUUUCAGUUUCAUUGUUUAUAAACAUAUAUAGAGAUACUUUAAUUUCAAAUGAAUGUAAGAUAGGAG